GCCCCCGCGGAGAAAGCCGGCUCUGAGCUCUUCCCUUGCAGGCCCCCCGAGAUGCUGUGGCUGGUGUUUCUGGCCCUCCCCUUCCUGGGGGGCUCUGUGCCCGUGACCCCCGAGCCCGGCCCGGGACGAGCGCUGGUGGGCAUCGUGGGCGGCUGCGCGGUCUCCGCCAGGACGUACCCGUGGCAGGCCAGCCUGAGAGUCUACAACGUGCGGCGCGGCCUGUGGCAGCACGAGUGCGGGGGCUCCCUGAUCCACCCCCAGUGGGUGCUGACCGCGGCCCACUGCGUCCAGCCGGAGGACCUGGAGGCCUGUGCCUUCAGGGUCCAGCUCGGGCAGCUGCGGCUCUACGACCGCGACCAUCUGCACAAGGUGGCCGAGGUCAUCCGCCACCCCAACUACAACGUGAGCCGGUCUGGCCCGGGGGGCGCGGACAUCGCCCUGCUGAGACUGGAGGCCCCCGUGGCGCUGUCGGAGCGCGUGCGCCCCGUCUCCCUGCCGCCCGCCUCCCUGCGGGUCCCCUCGAGGAAGAGGUGCUGGGUCACCGGCUGGGGUGACAUCGGGGACAACUUGCCCCUGCCUCCCCCCUACCACCUGCAGGAGGUGGAGGUCCCCGUGGUGGGGAACCGGGAGUGCAAACUCCGCUACCAGAACUUCUCCGAAGACAACGAAGACGUCAUCCAGGCCGACAUGCUGUGUGCAGGCAGCGAGGGCCGGGACUCCUGCCAGCUGGACUCCGGGGGCCCCCUGGUGUGCCGCUGCAACUGCACGUGGCUCCAGGUGGGGAUCGUGAGCUGGGGCUACCUGUGCGGCCACCGCGACUUCCCCGGGGUGUACACCCGCGUGAUGAGCUACGUGUCCUGGAUCCGCCGGCACGUCCCCCUGCCGCCCGGACCCUAGGAGGGGCGGACCCCGGAGUCCCGGGUCUUGGCGCCGUGUCUCCCUGGGGGGGGCUCCCCGAGGGGUCCAGAGUGGGGACAAGCCCCAGAAUCACAGAUGACCGCUUACGGUCUUCCAAUUGGAGUCUCAAUAAACGCUGUGGGAAAACCGCC